UUUGAUUUGGUCAAAGUCAAGACCCACAGAGAAGAGCUUGGGAACGAGCUCAGACCAGCACUUCCAAAUGGAGAAACAUUAUCGCUCAAAACCGUCCAGCAUCAGAGAACUCAUCUACUAACCUCUCUUACUGCUCACACCAUCCAUUCGAUGUCUCUCUCCAACAAACUCUCCAUCACUGACGUUGACCUGAGCGGAAAGCGCGUUCUCAUACGGGUAGACUUCAAUGUCCCCCAACAAGAUGGCAAGAUAACUAACCCUGCCCGUAUUGUGGCUGCCCUCCCAACCAUCAAAUACGCACUAAAGAAUGGCGCCAAGGUCGUCACCCUCAUGUCCCACCUUGGUCGUCCCGACGGCAAAGUUGUAGAAAAAUACUCCCUGAAGCCCAUUGCUUCAGAGGUCGAGAAACAACUCGGUCAAGCCGUCACAUUCCUUCCCGACUGUGUUGGUGCCGACGUGGAGUCUGCUGUCAACAACGCACCUCAGGGGUCCGUGAUCCUCCUCGAGAACCUUCGCUUCCACAUAGAGGAAGAGGGCUCUGUAAAGAACAAAGACGGAACGAAAACGAAAGCUGACCCUACCAAAGUCACAGAAUUCCGCCAGGGAUUGACCAAGCUUGGCGAUGUCUACAUCAACGAUGCGUUCGGAACUGCUCAUCGAGCUCACUCAAGCAUGGUUGGCGUGCAACUGCCUCAACGUGCUGCAGGAUUCUUGAUGAAGAAGGAGCUCGAAUACUUUGCCAAGGCUUUGGAGAGCCCUGAACACCCUUUCCUCGCUAUUCUCGGUGGUGCCAAAGUAUCGGAUAAGAUCCAACUUAUCGACAACAUGCUAGACAAGGUCGACUCGUUGAUUAUCUGUGGUGGUAUGGCCUUCACCUUCAAGAAGACUCUCGAGAAUGUUGCGAUUGGAAACUCGCUUUUCGACGCCGCUGGGUCCGAGAAGGUUGCUGGGCUCAUCGAGAAGGCGAAGAAGAACAACGUGAAAAUCGUUUUCCCUGUCGACUUUAUCACUGCCGACAAGUUCGACAAGGAUGCUACGACCGGAGUCGCCACCGAGACUGAAGGUAUUCCUGACGGCUGGAUGGGUUUGGAUGCUGGCCCCAAGAGUCGGGAGCUUUUCCGGGAGACUGUUCUGGAAGCCAAGACCAUACUUUGGAACGGCCCUCCCGGUGUCUUCGAGUUCACCGCCUUUGCUGAGGGCUCUACCUCUCUUCUCAACGCCAACAUCGAAGCUGCAUCUAAGGGUGCUGUUGUCAUUGUCGGAGGCGGUGACACUGCCACGGUCGUAGCCCAGCACGGAAUGGAAGACAAGCUCAGUCACGUGAGCACUGGAGGUGGGGCAAGCCUCGAGCUCCUUGAGGGUAAGGUCUUGCCCGGUGUGGCAGAGCUCAGUGAGAAGUAAAUUUAAAUGUAAAAAUGCAGUCAGUGUACUUGUAACUGCACCAAUAUGUUCCGAUAUCACGA